AUGGAUGAGUUGGCCAACCGUAACGCAGCCGUCAGGAGAUAUGCGCCUGGAGAGAAGCUCGGCCUCAUCACCCAUGACCCAUCGGAGCCAUUUGGCUUGGUGGAUUUCCCGCCCUUCCAAGACGACUACCAACCGCGCUCGCUCCAGCCUACAGCGGAGGAGCUCAAGCUGAAGAAGCCCCAGCUCAAGAUCGUGGAGCCACUGCGAGCCGGCAGAGACGUCGGCUCUCAGAUUCUGGUCUGCAAGGUCGUUCGAGCACCUACGGACCGCAGCAACAUCAAGAAGCAUGCACCCUUCCCGAGUUUCCCCAAGCACAGCAAGGUGAGGCGAGGAGACAGCUUCGUCGUCGCAAAGGUAUUCGACCCUCGCCUGUAUCCACCGCGCGACACCAUCGACUUGCCCAACGAGCCCCCCUUUGACGACGCCACCGUCGCGUACAGCGAGCUCUGCCGCGAGGCCGCGGUGUACCAGUUCUUCUACGAGAAGGGAAAGUCCGGACACCCUCACAUGAUUGCUCAAUACUACGGCUGCUGGGUCAACAACCGCAGGGUUUUCGAAGACGCCGUGACUCCAGACACCUGGGUUGGUCUCAUUCUCAUCGAGUACAUUGAAGGUCUUUCGAUUAAGGCAAUGUGCACUCGCGACCGUCGCACAGGGUACCUCCAGCCGCCGCUAGGCAGGCCUGUUUCACUUCAUAGCGAUCACGAGGCGGAGGGUAAGGGCCAGGCCAAGAUGCUAACACUGGAUCGCCAAGUGUGCUUGGACGCCAUCAAGGACCUCCUCGGUCAGGUCGUUGUCUGCAUGCAUCUGGGCGUGUCCGUCCCCGACAUCUUUCCCCGCAACGUCUUCCUCACGAUCCGCAACAAUGGCCACGACCUCGAGACGCCCCGCGUCGUUCUACUGGACCACACCUUCUCAACCGUAUGGGCGCACUCCAGGCCUGGCAAGGAAGGAGUACCAGCCCCCUUUGGCGACCUCGAGCUUCCUCCUCACCCUUGGGAACAGUGUUGCGUCAGCGCUGUCAGUGAGUUCCUCGGCUGGAUCCCUCCACAGUGGAAUGAUAGGAAAUGGCUGCCGGCGAAGACUUCCCCUGCCGCCACCGCUCCGGCAACCGGUCGAGCUUCCGACGUGCCCGGGGUCACUGAAGAGACUGACUGGCUCUUGGACUGUUUCGGUCCUCUGAAUGACAGCAACCUAUACUACACCGUAUACCCAGAGGAGGUCUCUGACAGUGGCGAGGAAGAUGAAGAGGGAGUCGACAUCUUAGACGAGGAAAAACCCGAACCAGACGUGGAGACCGUGAUUGAGGAUGCCUCGAUCCCGCAAGGCCCAUGCCUGCGCCCCGCCCGCAUCCAGGGCAUCUCCUCCCGCUCACCCACGCGCAAGGCCGAAGCAGAAGGAGGAGAAGGAGGAGGAGGAGGAGAGCAGGAACUCUCAAUGACAUCAACCAGCCUCACGUCCCAGAUCGCCAACAGCCCCUCUCGCCAGUAUCUUGGCGGACUCAUUGUUCGGGAAGCCACCGGCUCGGGCUCGGAUAACGACGACGAGCAGCAGCAACAGAAGCCGCCCGCGCGGUCUUGA